AUGAGCAGCAAUAAUUCAGUAACGCGUCAUAACGCGUCAACGCCCAAGAGCUAGAAGCUAAACCAAUCAAAAUUCAGUGCCUUCCACGCAUGCGUCGUGGUUGUAGGACCUGUGCUGAAACGCAAAGUCACUAUGAGAGCAGUUAAAAGUAUCUGACCCUUACUCAGGUGAAGGAUGCUGUAACCCUAUUUCAUGGCUCUGACAGUACUUCGGAGGCGGCAUGUGCUGAAGAAAGUGUGUGCUUCCCUUCUUCUCUCACCCGCUGGCCUGAGUGUGCUGGCAGGAGAGCAUGUGUGUGCUCCGCAGAUUUGGGCCAGAGGCUGGAGGCUCCUUCAGAGAGGACUGUGCCGACACCCUCUCUUCCUCGUCGCCGGUCCUGUCCGGCUUCCCCGCGACUACUCCUUGGGAGGAUCUGGCGCCUCUCUGCUGCACCGCCUCAGCUCUGAGGAGGAGCGUAUGUUUAACGAGAGCCUGUCCUCCUGCGCCUCCUCACGACAGGUCCUGGACCUCCUGAGGUCGUCGCCCCCACUCUCAGGCGCGGCUGCCGCCUCCGUCUUGCACCGGCUGGCCGACGUGGAGCAGGAUGGAACCGGCGGUCUGCGGGACCCAGUGUCAGUGUUGUCUGACCAGGCCUUGGGUGAGCUGUGCGGGAGGUUGGAGCGGGACUCUGUCGAGCUGGAAGACGACAUCGUGGUGAGUGCUCUGCUGGGCUGCACACGCCUUUACCUGGACCCGUGGAGCCGCCUGGUCGUGCGGCUCAUGUUAGAGAGCCAGGUGCGGCUGGACAUGGGUCGCCUUGGCAUUGCUGCGCUGUGCAGUUUAGCGCGCGCACUCUUUGCACUAGAGGGGCCUGACUGUGGCAUGCUAAACCAAGUUAUGCAACAGCUCCGAGAUAAAGUUCCAGAUAACUGGAACACGGAGGAGCUGACCACCAUGUACAGCAUGCUAGCAGGCGGUCUGGGUCAGGGUGGAAGCUACCAGGAUCUGCUAAACCGAAUGAACAGCCGGGCACUCGGCCUAACUUCGAGAAUGGACCCUGCAGCAGUCAGUGAGACACUAAGAGCACUAGUCGCACUGGGCCAAACGCAGGUGCUACCACUGGUGAUCGCGUUGUGCAAACAGACUGUACGCCAUGUCCCAAGCUUCACCAAUGUAGAACUAGACAAUGUGCUUUUGGCGCUCAUGUACUACGGACACAGUGACCACUUCCUCAUUCAGGCACUAGAGCAUCACGUGCCCAAGAUGGCGUUCACUGCCUACCCUGAAACGGUGACCAAGGUGAUGCAGUAUUUUGCCCAGCGGCGCAUUUUCUCGCCAGGUGUUUUCGACACGGUUGCCGAGAGCUUCGUGUACCGGGCAGAUGAGUACACCACGGGGCAGGUGUCUCGGCAGAUAGUGGCACUUGCAGCCAUGGGAUACAUGCCUCAGGAAGCCAGGAGAUUUUUCCGGAAGGUUGAGUCCGUUCUGAAGGGCCGCUUUGCACACUUCCAGCCCAGGGCUCUGCUGGAGCUGCUACAUGCCUGCACACUCCUGCAGCGGUACCCACUGAACUACAUCUCCAGGGUUUUCAGCCCAUUCUUCCUACAGCAGCUCCAGGAGGAAGGUGGUCGGAUGGAUCACGUGGUACAUGCGCAACUCGCACAGCUUUACAUGACGAUAAAGCUGGAAUGCCCAUUCUACAAUAGCCCACGGGUCUUACCAAAGCUGCGUGUGAAGUCGUUCCUGUCUUCUGGGCAUUCGCUGGAGACCCAGGUGAAUCCUCAGCUGUAUAAUGCUGUGAAGACAGGCCUAGUGGAUCUGCUGGGAGCACGAUCAUACUUUGCCUCUAGAGUCCUGACGCCAUAUUGCUACACACUCGAUGUAGAGAUAAAGCUAGAUGAAGAAGGCUAUGUCUUACCAGCCAGUCAUGCUGAGGAAGUAUAUAAAAGGAUUGCUGUGUGUAUAGAUGGGCCAAAGCGCUUUGCUGCUAAUGCCCAACAACUUCUGGGAAAGGAAGCUAUCAAGCAGCGACAUCUUAGGAUUCUGGGUUAUGAAGUUGUUCAGAUUCCCUAUUAUGAGUUUGAAAGGCUGGAGAGCAAGGAAGAGAGAGUGGAAUACCUCCACAAGAAGAUUUUCCCACACAGCUAUAGACUCUGCUGGUGACAUGGAUAUCACUGGUUCCAACCCGUCAUUCAUAAACACAAGCAGAUUGCUGAAAGCAUAGACUGCCACAUGAAAACACCCUCCACUCCAAAAGUGCAGAGGACAAACAAAAAACAUACUUCAUAAUGUGUUGCAUAGGGGAACAGAGAGGUUUUGUUCAAGUAUUGCUGUUUCUUCACAAGAAGCUCAAACUAGAAGUCUAAUGUAUUUUUGAACGUCAGUGUAAUCUAGCUGAACAUAAAAGUGCUAUAGAAAUUAUUCAGCAAAAUAAAGGACCAUGGUCUUUUGGAA